AAACAACCCUUCCUUCUUCACCACCACAAUCAAUCUUCGCAAGCGUCGAAGUAGGGCUCUUCAUUUUCUUUAGUCAACCCUUAUCACACUCCUGAAGCAUGUCUGGUCGCGGAAAAGGUGGCAAGGGCCUCGGCAAGGGCGGUGCUAAGCGCCACCGGAAGAUCUUGCGUGACAACAUUCAGGGUAUCACCAAGCCCGCUAUCCGACGCCUGGCACGUCGUGGAGGUGUCAAGCGUAUCUCCGGUCUUAUUUACGAAGAGACUCGAGGUGUACUCAAGAUCUUCCUUGAGAAUGUCAUUCGUGACUCCGUUACCUACACGGAGCAUGCUAAACGGAAAACCGUUACCGCCCUCGAUGUUGUCUACGCUUUGAAGCGCUCAGGGCGCACACUUUACGGUUUCGGUGCAUAAUUAACCGUGUUUGUAUGGGAGCAUAUUUCUGUAUUGGAGCGUAACUCCUUGUUGGUAUCGAUAUUCUUGUAUACUACAUAGUCUUAUACUCGGCUCGGAUCCUCUUAUCAUUCCUCCACGACUCCACCAAGGGCACCCUUCCACGAUUCUAUACAAUGACCCCUCUAUUUGUCUUGUCAUGGCUUGUGACCCCUCACGAAGUUUCAAGUCUGCUGCGAAAGUCUAGGAUUACCUAACGUAAAUGCUGCGCUGCGGCAUAGUGGAUUCCUCGCGAUUUUUAA